AUGGCUGAGGCUAAUGACAUUCAACCAAUCGUUUGUGACAAUGGUACCGGAAUGGCCAAGGCUGGUUUUGCUGGUGAUGAUGCUCCCAGGGCUGUUUUCCCUAGUGUUGUUGGUAGGCCAAGACAUCAUGGUGUCAUGGUUGGGAUGAACCAGAAGGAUGCAUACGUUGGUGACGAAGCACAGUCAAAGAGAGCUAUGUAUGUCACUAUUCAAGCUGUUCUAUCCCUCUACGCCAGUGGUCGUACUACCGGUAUUGUGCUGGAUUCUGGUGAUGGUGUGUCUCACACUGUGCCAAUAUACGAGGGUUUCUCUCUUCCACACGCCAUCCUCCGUCUCGACCUUGCUGGGCGUGACCUUACUGAUUACCUCAUGAAGAUCCUUACCGAGAGAGGUUACAUGUUCACCACAACAGCAGAGCGGGAAAUUGUAAGAGACAUCAAGGAGAAGCUCUCCUUCGUCGCCGUGGACUACGAACAAGAGAUGGAGACUUCCAAAACCAGCUCUUCCAUCGAGAAGAACUACGAGUUACCCGACAGACAAGUGAUCACCAUCGGUGCUGAGAGAUUCAGGUGCCCAGAGGUCUUGUUCCAGCCGUCGUUCAUGGGAAUGGAAGCUGCUGGAAUCCACGAGACAACGUAUAACUCGAUCAUGAAGUGUGACGUGGAUAUCAGGAAGGACUUGUACGGUAACAUUGUGCUCAGUGGUGGAACAACUAUGUUCACGGGAAUUGCUGACCGUAUGAGCAAAGAGAUCACAGCGCUUGCACCAAGCAGCAUGAAGAUUAAGGUCGUUGCACCUUCGGAGAGGAAGUACAGUGUCUGGAUCGGAGGUUCCAUUCUUGCUUCCCUCAGCACAUUGCAGCAGAUGUGGAUCUCCAAGGCUGAGUAUGAUGAGGCAGGUCCAGGGAUUGUCCACAGAAAAUGCUUCUAA